AUGAAUGAACAGUUCUACAGACUAUUACAAGAAUACCUCUUACAAACACUAAACCCUUCGACGCAAAAAGAAGGUUCUGCUCUGAACUUAUCGCAAGCCGAAGGUCAACAAGGGUUUCCUAUUCUACUUUUAAGAACCGUUAGCGAUGAAUCAGUUGAUCAAACCAUUCGAAUGGCAGCUGCCGUUUAUUUCAAAAAUUAUGUUAAGCGAAACUGGGUCAGGGAUAACGAACAAGACGCUGAUAAGAUCACUCAGCAAGAUCGUGCCGAGAUCAAAAACCAAAUUGUUCAACUUAUGAUUACAGUACCUGAAAAACUCCAACUUCAAAUCAGUGAUGCUCUCAGUUUGAUUGCAGACGCUGAUUUUCCUGCUAACUGGGAAACCUUGCUACCAGAACUCAUCAGUAAGCUUAGUCCAACUGACUACAGAGUCAACAACGGUAUCCUUAGCACUGCACAUUCUAUUUUCAAAAAAUGGAGAUCUCAAUUCAGAUCUGAUGAUCUUUUCAUUGUCAUCAAAUAUGUUUUGGACCUAUUCUGUGAACCUUACAAGCAACUCUUUGAAAUCACGGAUAAACUCAUUCAAGAAAACAAUAACAAUGCACAAGCUCUUAAUGUUCUAGCCCGCUCAUUGAAUUUACUUAUCAAAAUCUAUUAUGACCUUAAUUGUCAAGAUCUUCCCGAGUUUUUCGAAGAUCGUUUGCAAGAAUUUUCCAACUAUUUGCAAAAAUACCUUGUUUAUCACAACCCUUUAUUAGCCACUGAUGAUGAGGAAGAAGAAGGCCCCUUGGAACAAAUCAAGACAAGCAUUUGCGAUGUGCUAGAACUAUAUGCUUCUCAUUAUAGUAGUGAUUUCCCUCAAUUAGAAUCAUUCGUUCCUAUUGUCAUCAAUCUUUUGACCAGCGCUACAGGUGAAGCUAAAUACGAUGCUUUGGUUUGCAAAGCGUUCUCAGUAUUGAGUGUGGUUGUUAGACUUGACAAUUCAGGAACCCUAUUUGCAGAUGAAAAUUCAUUGAAGGCUACUAUUGAAAGAAUCGCUCUUCCCAACGUUGCUUUAAGAACUGCGGAUGAAGAGUUGUACGAAGAUAAUCCAAUUGAGUAUAUUCGCAGAGAUUUAGAAGGAUCAGACAGUGAUACCCGCCGUCGUGCAGCCGCUGACUUUAUUCGUAAUUUAUUGGAGCGAUAUGAGCAAAACGUUACCAAAGUUAUGUCAGAAUAUAUCAAUCAGUAUUUGCAGAAAUACAAUACUAACCCUCAAGCUAAUUGGAAAGACAAAAAUACAGCAAUUUUCUUGCUCGUCGCCAUUGCCAGUCGUUCCAUAACCAGCUCACUCGGUGUUACUAAGGUCAACUCGCUUGUUGACAUUGUUGAUUUCUUUUCGAAGAAUGUGCUGUGCGAUUUGCAGUCAGAUGUCAAUACUGCAAUUCCUAUUUUGAAAGUGGAUGCUAUCAAAUACGUGUACACCUUCAGAAACCAACUUACCAAGGAACAACUACUGACUGUCUUUCCUCUACUAGUGAAGCAUCUUGAGUCCACUGAUUAUGUGGUUUAUACAUAUGCUGCCAUUGCUAUUGAACGAAUUUUGUUCAUCCGUCAAGGCAAGACCAUGAUGUUCACUGCUGCUGAUAUCAAACCCUAUGCCGAAACUUUGCUUACUCAACUGUUCCGAUUGAUCGAACAAGGUCAGACACCUGAGAAACUAUCAGAGAAUGAUUAUUUGAUGAGGGCUGUCAUGCGUGUCAUCAUUACGUCCCGCCAAGAUAUGGUGCCUUACGUCAACGUUAUCAUGAGCAAAUUAACCGGCAUUUUGGCUGUCGUCAUGAAGAAUCCCAGCAAUCCCAAAUUCAACCAUUAUGUGUUUGAAAGCAUUGGUGCCUUGAUUCGUUUCAUCUGUCCUAUUUCCAACGCGGCUUUAAGUGAAUUCGAAUCAAUGUGCUUCGGUCCUUUCGAGAAUAUCCUAUCUCAAGAUGUCGCAGAAUUCACGCCUUACGUCUUUCAAUUGUUGGCUCAAUUGUUAGAACAACAUAAGGGUACUGAGUUGACACAGUCCUAUAUAGCACUUUUAAACCCUUUGUUGAAUCCUUCACUUUGGGAACAAGGCAAUACACCUGCUUUGGUGCGACUAACCCAAGCCUACUUGGAGAAAGGUGUCACUACCAUUAUUCAAAGCAAUCAGUUAGAACCCAUCUUGGGUAUUUUCCAACAAAAGUUGGUGUAUUCUCGUCAAUUUGAUCAUUAUGGCAUGCUGUUAUUACUUACCAUUACAUGUUGUGUGCCACUUGAUAUUUUGAGUAAAUAUUUUCCAGCUUUACUUUCAGCUGUACUUAAAAGACUCCAAAGCAAGAAGAGAGGCGAUACGAUCAUAUUCGACAGAUUUACACGUAAUUUCACAUUAUGGAUGACCAAUUGCUUCUUAACAGAAUCCUUGGGUGGGCCUGAUACCAUUAUUAAUGUUUAUGAAGCUUUACAGCCUGGUCUCUUUGGCCAGAUCAUGAACUUGUUUGUUCUCCCUGAUAUAAGCAGAUUGAGUAAACCUUUGGAUCGUAAGAUAGGUGCUGCAGGCAUGGUUCAUCUUCUUACCAAAUCCGCACUUUUACUGCAAGAGCCUUACUUGUCGAAUGGACUUUGGAAGCAAUCUCUUCUCGGUCUCUUGGCUCUUCUCGAGCUUCCUGUUUCAGCGGACGAUGAUGAAGGACCUGAUGAGCUCUAUACACUCGAUUUCUCUGAAGACGGUGCGGAAGGCAUUGGUUAUCAAACUACAUUUGCGAAAUUAACUACCACAAGCCCCACACAGCGUGACCCUACUGCUCAACUCCCCCCUGCUCAAAUUUAUAUAGCUCAACAACUGAUGGCAAUGCCUGCCGAUAAACGUCAGGUGAUCAAAACAUUGAUAGCACAAUCUCAAGAAGCGACGAGCAUUCUACCGAAGUAUUUUGCUAGUGCUAAUAUUUCUAUGGACCAAUUGUAA